CAGUGUUGUUAUUGUUCUUGCUAAGAAGUAAACAAAAGGCGACGAAUGUUUGUUUUUUCCUUAUAGAAGCCAAUGGAGGAUAGGAAAUCCGGGGAAAUGGCAAGGAGAAGAAACAGGAACAGGAGCAAGCAGCGCAGACGAAGGCAUAAAAGUGAGGGAAAACCAAAGCCACAGACAUCUCGAGAUCAGUGGACCAGUGUGUCUCAAAUAUACCAAAGCCUUUUUGAAUGGCACCACAAUCAUGUCAGGAGCCUCUGCCCUGAAGUUAAUCCAAAUCUGGAUCAGGACUUGGAGGAUAUUCCCAAGGAAGCAGGAACAACGCACUGCCUUGACUACGUCUACGAGAGUUCCUCCGAGGAAGAGGAGCUCGAACCCAUUGACGAAGGGUAUCUGAAAUUCCUGGAGGUGACCAUUAAGCAUCAGCAGGAACUCAGGGAUCGACGAGCUGCCCAAACCACCGACUCUUUAGAUUAGGAUUAGCAUGUUUAGGAAAAAGUAUGUUUAGGCCGAUGAAAACCUACAGUUAAACUUCUACAUCUCUCAAAAAGUUGAUAUUCCUCCGAAUCAGUUUGAGCAUAAGAAGUUCAGGAUAAAAUAAUUUACAUGAAACUGCAUACAAAUUUAAAUGUUAACAUGAUGACAAAAAUGUAUCUUAAGUGAAAUGUUAUAAUCUAAGCUCAAGUUUGUAUAUAAUAUUUGGUAUUUAUUUUUGCUAAACACUAAAUUUACCUUUUCUGAGGCAUCUUUUCUUAUA